GAAUCAAAAGGAAAACGUACAAAUUCAGCUCCAGGGAGCGAGACCCAUUUGAAGAAAUUGAUGUUUUUUUCCGAUGGCAAUCUCGCUCAAAUCUCUCUUCUUUCUCUCUCUCCUGUUCGUUUCAGGUUUUGCGCUUCCAAAUUUUCAGACCAACUAUUUGGGUGGAUGGAAGAUACAUAAUCCAAACGCGGGUGUGGAAGCCAUGCACAUUCAAUUAUUGCCAACCAACAAGGCUAUCUUGUUCGACGCAACGAACCUCGGUCCGUCAAAUAUUCAAUUGCAGCCCCCCGGAAAUUGCCGACCCAUACCCGACAGGCCGGGUCAAGUCGAUUGUUGGGCCCAUGCCGUGGAGUAUGACGUUGAGACUGCCGAAGUCCGGCCCCUUAAGAUUUUAUCGAAUGCAUGGUGCUCGGCGGGAGGUCUCACGAUUGACGGAAGCCUAAUGAGCGUCGGCGGGAAUGAGGAAGGAAAUCGCUCUGUUAGAAUCCUCAAUCCGUGUCAAGGCUGCGACUUUGAGGAACACAUGAACGCACUUGCGGGCGCUAGAUGGUACUCGAGCCAAGAGAAACUAGAGGACGGAAGUUUCAUCAUAUUCGGUGGCCGCCGCGAAUUCACCUACGAAUACUUGCCGAUCAACUCCCUCACCUUCACUCCAAGAAGGUUGAACCUGCCGUUCCUCGGCCCCAGUUUCGAUGGAGUAGGCACCACAGACAUUCAAGAAAACAACCUCUACCCUUUCGUCCACCUCCUGCCCGACGGCACCAUUUUCCUCUUCGCCAACCGUCGCUCCAUCAUCAUCGAUACCAAGACCGACACCGUCGUCCGUGAACUCCCACGAAUUCCCGGCGGCUCCCGGAACCAACCCGCCACCGGCAUGUCCGCCCUCCUCCCCUUGAAGAUCUCCAACGACGGUGCCCCUGUGCAGGCGGAGGUGAUCGUCUGUGGCGGCGCAAAGCCGGACGCAGCGGAUGCGGUCGCCGCCAACAAGGGGUUAUGGCCGGCGCUAUUGGACUGCGGCCGGAUAUCCCCAAUGAAUCCCGACGCAAACUGGGCGAUGGAAAACAUGCCUACGCGAAGAAUUAUGGGAGACUUUCUUUUGCUUCCCACGGCACAAGCGCUCAUUCUGAACGGCGCCAUGGAAGGCAUUUCGGGGUGGUACAAUGCUAGAAAUCCCAACUACACUCCGUUGCUUUACAGCCCUGACUUGCCCCUCAUGCACAGGUUUAAGAGCUUGGCGCCGACGGAUAUCGCGCGCAUGUACCACUCGUCGUCGGCCGUGCUGGCUGACGGGACGGUUCUGGUGGCCGGGAGUAAUUCGAAUAGAAAGUAUGUGUAUAGCAAGAAGGAGUCCGAGUUUCCGACGGAGUUGAGGGUCGAGAAGUUCUCGCCGCCCUACUUGGAUCCCCUUUUGGACACCCACAGGCCUACCAUUGCAGAAGGUACUUCGGACAAGAUAUUGUCCUACGGAGGGCAAUUCAGUGUGGAAAUCCAUCUCGAAGAUGCGGCCGGGGCAGAAGAUUUGAAGUUGACCUUGUUGCACCCACCAUUCACAACCCACGGCUACUCCCAGAGCCAGAGGAUGCUUGUGUUGGAGCCAGUUAGUUACGUGAACGGCGUGAUCACCGCGGUGGCACCGGCCUCCGGGAAGCUUGCUCCGCCGGGGUAUUACAUCCUCUACGUCGUGCACCGCGGAGUUCCAAGUCGCGGGAUGUGGGUCCAGAUUCAUGAGUAGAGAAAAUUUGAGCUGAUCAGGAGAUUGAUUUGUUUGUUUGAACGUUACAACUUACAAAUUAUGUUCAAGUUUGUUGUUGUCUUUGUUGCGCUCUCUGCUGUUUUUUAUUUUUGAUCAUUGGCCACACUUGAAAUUUUGAAGAAGAAUAUACUGAAGAUGUCCUUUUGAUGUUCUUAAGUACAAAUGUUGUGGUUGUGGGCAUGGAUUGAUUGCUGAUAAGUUAGCUACAAUACUACAUGCCCAAAAAAUA